GAAGGAGGCUGCACGCGGAGCUGCGUGAAACGUAGACUUGAGAGCGGGCGGGAGAGGAGCGGGUAGCGCGGCUGCACGGCUCUGGCCGGCCCUGCAAAGCGGCGAUCGCAGAGGAGGAGGAGGAGGAGGAGGAGGAGGAGGAGCAGCGUUGCAGAGGCGGAGGGAUCUGCGCACCAAAGCCAUCCAGGCCAGCAAAGUUUGGCUGGGGGUUGGACUUUCCUUCCCGGAGGCGUCACCCAAACAGCUACCCCGUGCGGAAACCCAAACUUUCUACUGCCACUCGGAGUCUCGCGGCCGCCGCCUCCGCCCCGCGCGUCCGGGGCCUGCCCGUCAGUCCGUCGGUCCGCGUGGAGCCGCUGUGCUCCCGAUCCUCGCAGCUGCAGCGCAGCGGUCCUGGCCCGGACGCCCGGGCAAGUUCUCCAGAGUUAAAAGCGAAGUUCGGGCGAGGCGCGGGCCGAGCUGCCUCUGUGCGUCCCCGGCGCCCCCAGUGCGCCCAGCCCCGCCGGGGGCGCCGGUGACCCUCCGGUGCCAGCCAUGUCGUCCAUCCUGCCCUUCACCCCCCCGAUCGUGAAGCGCCUGCUGGGUUGGAAGAAGGGCGAGCAGAACGGGCAGGAGGAGAAGUGGUGCGAGAAGGCGGUCAAGAGCUUGGUGAAGAAGCUCAAGAAGACGGGGCAGUUGGACGAGCUGGAGAAGGCCAUCACCACGCAGAACGUGAACACCAAGUGCAUUACCAUUCCCAGGUCACUGGACGGCCGGCUGCAGGUGUCCCAUCGGAAGGGGCUCCCUCACGUUAUCUACUGCCGCCUGUGGCGAUGGCCAGACCUGCACAGCCACCAUGAGUUACGGGCCAUGGAGCUCUGUGAGUUCGCCUUCAACAUGAAGAAGGAUGAAGUGUGUGUAAAUCCUUACCACUAUCAGAGAGUAGAGACGCCAGUUCUACCUCCAGUGUUGGUGCCACGCCACACCGAGAUCCCGGCCGAGUUCCCCCCGCUGGAUGACUACAGCCAUUCCAUUCCCGAGAACACUAACUUCCCCGCUGGCAUUGAGCCCCAGAGCAAUAUUCCAGAAACACCACCUCCUGGCUACCUGAGUGAAGAUGGAGAAACCAGCGACCACCAGAUGAACCACAGCAUGGAUGCAGGUUCUCCAAACCUCUCCCCGAAUCCGAUGUCCCCAGCACACAAUAACUUGGACCUACAGCCAGUCACCUACUGUGAGCCGGCCUUCUGGUGCUCCAUCUCCUACUACGAGCUGAACCAGCGAGUUGGGGAGACAUUCCACGCUUCACAGCCAUCCAUGACAGUAGAUGGCUUCACUGACCCCUCCAACUCGGAGCGCUUCUGCCUGGGCCUGCUGUCCAAUGUCAACCGGAAUGCGGCUGUGGAGCUUACGAGGCGACACAUUGGGAGAGGUGUGCGGCUCUACUACAUCGGAGGGGAGGUCUUUGCAGAGUGCCUCAGUGACAGUGCCAUUUUCGUCCAGUCUCCCAACUGCAACCAGCGCUAUGGCUGGCACCCCGCCACUGUCUGCAAGAUCCCCCCAGGCUGCAACCUGAAGAUCUUCAACAACCAGGAAUUUGCUGCCCUCCUAGCUCAGUCUGUCAACCAGGGCUUUGAGGCUGUCUACCAGCUGACACGCAUGUGCACCAUCCGUAUGAGCUUCGUCAAAGGCUGGGGAGCCGAGUACAGGAGACAGACGGUGACCAGCACCCCCUGCUGGAUUGAGCUACACCUGAACGGACCCCUGCAGUGGCUUGACAAGGUCCUUACCCAGAUGGGCUCCCCGAGCAUCCGCUGUUCCAGUGUGUCUUAGAGACACUAAGAGGGAGUGGGUUGGGGAGGGCGGGCUUGGGGAAUAUGACCUUGGAAGAGAACUCCAUCCAACUUGGUCUUGUCAAAGAACACUGAUUCUACUCAACUAAGGCAUCAGCCUGUUUCUGAGACCACAGGAGAAAAAUCCCAGGGAUGGAUUUAUGAACAGCUGUGUCUGCUACAUACACGUGCCCCAGUCUGAAGGCUGAGUGAUGGCUUCUAAUGUGGUGGCUCGAGCUAACAGGUGGUGUGUCGCCACCCGACUCCUUAAUGACAGAGGUCUGGGAUGUCACAGUCCAAAAGCAAAGUGCCUUUCUCCAGGGCUGGAGUAUGGAGUUUACCUUUGGAGAAGUUGUAAUGGAGCAUGCCCUGACCCACCACUCUCCCAGAGAGGGUGUACCUGUCAAACUGGAUAGCCUACAUAGGUACUUCUCCCCACCCCCAGGAUGCAGAGAUGGGAACUCGCUGGAAGGCAGAGCUCAGGAGAACCGUUUCUUCAUUGCCCCAAGGACCUGCUGAAGCUCAGCGUAUAUGUGAUGUGUAGUUCCUAAUAUCACAUCAAUCUCAAAGAGAUACAGAUGUUGUUCAAGUGUUCACAGGAAGCAGCAAGGGCACUUGUGGAGUGCAUGUCCUGAGUGAGGUGGCACCACACUGAAUGAAUACACCUCUGGGAGCUAGCACCACAACUCUGAGGUAAAGGCUGUGCUGGGUUAUGGAGACAGUUGCAUCAAUGAAGUCACCUAGCAUAGGCUCUUUGAAAUGUCUUCAAUCCUGGGUACAUAUGCUGGCUGGAAAACCACAAUGGACCCAGCCACUGCUUCUUGCCCUGAGGUUUGGAAGCUGAGAGUUAUAGAAGCCAAUUCACUGGGAGGUAAGACAUCCCAGGCUGACAUGGGCAAAUGAAAAGGGCUAUUAAAAUUUUUUUUACACCUUAGAAAAUUGCAGGCUUGGUACAGAGUGCUCUGUCAUCUUCACCCUGGGAUGUAUAGGAUUACCUAGCUUUGGUAAAGGAUUGCCACAGCAAACUGCUGCAGUGACACUGUGUAAUGAGAACUGUUCCCAGCGGCAAUUACAGAGAAAACGAGUGUAAAUUAUUUCAACUGGAAAAAAGUCCCUUUCCUGGCUGUUUUAGAACAGGGCACACAGGAUUGCCACCUGCAACUGGUACUCUCUUCUUGGCUGCUGUUUCUGUUGUGAAAUGACGAGCCCGUGCUUCUACAUGGAUUUCCCGUGGAAGUCCUGGCCUGCUCCAGAGGGGAAGAAAGUGCACCCUCCAAUGUGAUAAAUCUUCUGAUGCUCCGAGACUCUGGGGCACAUCCUGGUGCCCCUCCUGCAGGAGUCCAUGGCAGGAUAUUUCCAGCUGGGCGUGCUGAUCCUCCUUCAGAUGCAGAUGCCUGUGUGAGUCUUUCCCCAGGCUGUUGAUAUAAUUCUGAACCUCCUCAGGUUCUCUGGAAGGACACAGACCACGUGCGUGAACAUUGUGCUGGGCCUGAGAUGGUCUGUGGACUGCUGCUUCAGACACACAAGUCGUUGGAACUGCCUGCUUGCCUGCCUGUCACGCAUGCUCUGGGUCAGAACACAGAGACGCUCUGCUGUGGCUCCUAGUGAAGCAUUCAUGGUCCUCUGUUAUCAGCUGUGGGCAGAGGUUCGUGUCACUCGCUACCCAGUUUCCUAGGGGCUUCCUGUGCCCCUUCCUCAGCUAUCCUCCAGGUGUCUAGGGCACAGUCCAUUCUGCAACUGGAAAGUACAGGGAACCUGCAUUGCUCAGAGCAGAUGGCGGCUUCUGAAGGCACACAGUGGGAAUACACCCCUUCGUGUUAUUGGCCAGUCGCUGGAGAAAGCUGUAGGAGAAAAUUCUAGGCAGGUCUACUCUUGGCAUCCCUGAGAGUAACGGGGUCUAGGAAAGGCCACACCAUUGCAAAGAACACAGGUCCUUUGGUAUGUGUAAUCAAAGUGUCCUACCAAAUCGGUUUUCCUUUACUUUUAAAGAACAGUUGAGGAUCGAGAAGACAGUGCAGCAGCUGGUGUGGCCUGGCUGCAUGUGCUGUUCAAGCCCUGGGCGACUGCUGACACCGACCCACAUGGCUAGCACCAGGCAGAGGCCACCUUCGUCUUCAGCACCCCCGAGAAGCUGACUCUGUACCCCUUCUCCUCUGGUGCCCCCCCUUCUUUAGUGCUUGUUCAGGUAGCCCCAGCCACAUGGAUUAUAGUCCUGUGCUGGCCUGCCAUGGCAGCUGGCUACCUUCCAGACCAACUGUAGAGAGGAGACCUGGCAUUUUGAGGAAAGCCUAGACUGGAAAGAAGGGCCUCUCUUGGGAAGGACACAAGGCGGACAAGGCUGCUGCUGGCAGACUUCUCCACUGACCCGAGUGUGCUUUUUUCUUUUUUCUUUUUCCCCUAAAUGUAUUGCAUCAAGCCUCAGUGCUUAUGGAGUGCUGUGGUCUUCAUCUUCUCCAACUUGUUUCUCAGAGCUGGGAUGUAUUCCAGAACCUGAUGUUUUUAUUCAAACCACAGAAAAGUUUUAAGUAGCCUGUGCAGUCACGCAUGUGCCUGAGUUGUCUGGAGCAGAGGCAAAUAUCUGACUUCAUUCUUAGUCCCAAGCUGCAUUUCUGAGUCCCUGAGGCUGAGAAGACUUUAGCUCUGCACUGUAUUCUUACUGUAUGACUAGAUGCGUGAGCGCUUUACAUUAGAAGGAACCUGGUUAGAGCUCACUCCUGUCUUUGUGUGGCAUUUGUGUCCCAUAACUGGCCCCUUUAAGUAACGGCCUUCACAGCAACUUCCCAGUGGGUAGAAAGCCACACACCAGCAUGUGGGUCAACAGUGAAGAUGUGGCAUUGCAGACAGGGGAACAUGUGGAUGCAUGGCUAUCACCUGGAACAGCCCCUGCAGCUGCUUGUGUUAACACAAAAGUGAUGUCUAGCAUUCUGCCGCUUUCAUAUUUAUGUACAAUUCCUUAAAGCCAUUCAGAUGGCUAUUUAAUUUCUUUAAGACUGUUGUAAAGUUCUCUCUCCUGAGGACAAUGACUUGGAAGAACUGGGGCACAGCCAGUCCCAGACACUGGUAGAGGCUGCAGUGACUUUUCUGGCUCAGGACCCACAAGCAUCAGAGUAGACUGGGCCGCCAACAGGCUGCCCUAGUCAGGCCCAGUCCUUUCAACAGCCUGUUCGAUGCAUUAUGGCCCCUCCCUACUGGAAGUGGGAGCUUCAAAUGGAAAUUGAAGCCAUCUUUUAUCCCAGAAGCCUUUGCUGCUGCCAAGGCAAGUGGACUGGUGUGGACUCUUGUUUAGGGACGUUUGGAGGCUGAGGUUCUUGUCACUCCUUAGCCAGCCAGGCCUUUAGUGUCUUUGUAAAAAGCAUGUAUUUAUAGUGUUUUAGAUUUUUCUAACUUUUGUAUCUUACAGCAUUGUACCCCAUUGUUAAAGAGCCGUGUCUCCUCUUCUUAUAAACGCCCUUCUAAUAAACUUUUCACCGUAAAGCUCCUGAGACAGGA